CCAAGCCUUAGUAGCCACCAGCGCCGUUGCGCCAAGCCAAACUUCGCACACGAUGGACGCCGAGGCGCUCCACUCCGAGGCGGAGCGCCGGAUCAAGGAGGUGACCAUCCCCCUCUUCGAGGAGCAGGCGCACCUCUUCGUCGACGUGUGGCCGACGUGGAAGGCGGACCUCUCGCAGCCCGGCACGCAGCUCACGGCCGACCAGCUCCAGCUCCUCGGCCAGAUCGACACCCUCGACCGCAAGUACGUCGGCGGCCUGCGCGCGUACCGCGCGAACGCCGUCGAGCUGCUCCGCGCGUCGGCGGCGGGCGCGAACCCGCUCGAGGGCUUCCGGCCGUCGGUGCCGCUCGGCGAGACGCUCGUCGCGCACGGCGACGCGUACCGCGCCGCGGAGCGGGCGGGCAUCGAGGCGGCGCAGAGGUGCGCCUUCGUGCUCGUCGCCGGCGGCCUCGGCGAGCGUCUGGGCUACGGCGGCAUCAAGGUGGGCCUCCCGACGGAGUCGACGACGGGUUGUUGUUAUUUGAAGCACUACGUCGAGGCGAUCUUGGCCAUCGGCGACCGCGCGGGGCGGCCCCUGCCGCUGGCGAUCAUGCUCAGCGGCGACACGGACGCGCCGACGCGCGCGCUCCUAAAAAAGGAGGGCAACUUCGGCAUGCGCGACGAGGAUUUGACGCUCAUGGUCCAGGACAAGGUGCCGUCCAUCGUCGACGGCGGCGGCCGCUUCGCGCUCGCGAAGGACGGCCGGAGCCUGGAGACGAAGCCCCACGGCCACGGCGACGUCCACGCGCUCGUCGCGGCCCACGGCCUCGCGGACGCGUGGCUCGCCGCGGGUCUCGAGCGCGUCUUCUUCUUCCAGGACACGAACGCGUUCGCGCUGCGGUCCUGCGUCGCCAACUGCGGCGUCAGCGCGAAGCUCGACCUCGACUACAACUCGUCGUGCGUGGCGCGCAAGCCCGGCGAGGCCAUCGGCGCCAUCUGCCGCCUCGACCGCCCCGCGACGGCUACCGAAGACGCGCGGGCCCUGACGCUCAACGUCGAGUACAACCAGCUCGCGCCGCUCCUCGCGUCCGUCGGCGAGGCCGACGACCCGACGCCGUCCGGCGCCUCGCGCUUCCCGGGCAACAUCAACCAGCUCUUGAUCAAGCUCGGCGGCGACGACGGCUACGCGGCGGUGCUACAACGGACCGGCGGCGCGGUGCCCGAGUUCGUGAACCCGAAGUACGCCGACGACACGAAAACAGCCUUCAAGAAGCCGACGCGCCUCGAAUGCAUGAUGCAGGACUACCCGAAGCUGCUGUCGUCGAACGCGAAGGUCGGGUUCACGGUGUUGGAACGGGCCGCGGUGCGGGAGUACUCGCCCGUGAAAAACGCGACGGCCGACGGCGCGGCCAAGGUCCGCGCGGGCCUCGCGGGCGCCUGCCCGGCGACGGGCGAGGCGGACCUCUACGCCUUCAACUGCGACCUGCUGUCCGUCGGCGGCAUGGACGUCGCGCCCGCGGAGCGGCGGACGUUUUUGGACGUGCCCGUGGACCUGCGGCCGCGCGUUUGUUUGAGCCCCUUCUUCGGGCUGACGGAGGACGACUUCGAACGAUGCGUCCGGGGCGGCAGCCUCGGCGUUGGAGCGUCGUUGGUGGUGGAGGGCCGCGGGUCCGUCGUGUUGGAGGACGUGCACGUCCGCGCGGGAUCCGCGCUCCGCGUGACGACGGGGCCGGGGACGAACCUCGUCGUCCGGGGCCUCGUCGUCGACAACGCGGGCGGCAGCCUCGUCGCGCUCACGGACGCGGAGCUCGCGGACGCGGCCGUGCCCGAGGCCGUCCGCAUCCGCGGCUUCAAGUACGUGCCGCGCGAGGAGCGCCACCUCGACUUCCGCGAGGCCGGCGACUUCGUCCCCGGCGUGACGAUAGAGAGCAGCUUUUUUUUGCCGACGAUGGGCCGCGCCGCCGCCCUCGUGGUCCUCGCCUGGCUCCGCUGCGCGUGCGCCCAGAUCCCCGAGGGGAUCGGCUUCGACGACGACGACUUCUUCCGGCCGACGCAGAAGCCCGUCCAGGUCAACACCUACCAGCAGGGCGCCGAGCACGAGUGGGACGACCCCCACGACGACGACUACAGCGACGACGGGGCGACGAUCCGCACGCAGUGCUACACGGGGAGCGACCUCUACCAGACGGAGAAGACCUUCUGCGACCUCGAGUGCCUCGACUCCUACAAGGGGAAGCGCCGCGUGUCGCGCGCGUCGGGCCGCGACGGCGCGAUCGACGACGUCGACUGCUCCGGCCCCUGGUACUGCUCCAAGAUGGAGAUCUGCCAGAUGUACCACCAGAAGAACACGAACGACCAGGAGCAGGGCUUCCAGCGGGGCUGCAUGACCGUGCGGUCCUGCGCGAACCACAGCCAGUGCUUCCCGACGGCGCAGGACCAGCGGAACAUGAACAUCCAGUGGUACGACGGCUGGGACGGCACCAUGGCCGACCUCGGCAGCAGGAUCCGCGACCACGGCUUCAAGAUGUUCUACGGCGGCAUGACCUUCGAGACGACGUGCUGCGUCAACCGCCACAACUACCGGCCGGGCAUCGACACGCCCUGCAACGCCGCGUCGGCGACGACGAUUCGCUGCUUCCCGUGCCUCAAGCGGCAGCGGACGAUGUCGGGCUUCUGGAGCGAGGCCCUGCUCUCCGUCCAGGCGAAGCUGGACGCCAAGACGGAGAGCGCCAAGGAGCGGCUCUCGUCCCUCAAGGAGACCGUGGCCGCCACGGUCGAGUCGGCCCAGGAGCGCAUCGCCGCGGACAUCGAGAGCCUCAAGGAGGAGCACGCGCGCUUCAUCGCCGAGCAGGACGGCGACGGCGGCUCCGGCGACGAGGCCUCCGGCGGGGCGUACACGGGCCAGAACGACGCGCUGCCCUGGGACGUCCCGGCAAAGGGGAGCGACAUCAAGACACUGGUGCUGGGCCUGAGCCGCGACGAGGCCACGUUCACGCGGCCGCCGCCGGCGGAGGCGACCUACGCGUUCCCCUUCGCGCGCCGCACGGCGCUCAUCCUCGAGCUGCUCGAGCUCGACCCGGCCCUCAAGAAGGCGCACACGAAGCUCGCCCACAAGGCCAAGGAGGAGACCUUCUUCACGAACUACUUUUACCGCGUCGCCGAGGUCCGCGCGGCGCUCGGCGCCGACCCGCCGCUCGCCGGCGGCCGGCCCGCGGACGCGCUCGCGCCGCCCGUCGUCCAGCGGGAGCCCGCGCCGCCGCCGGCGCCGGCGCCCAAACAACCCCCGCCGCCGCCGCCGCCCGCGCCGCUGCCGUCGCCGCCGACGGCGCCCGCGCUCGCGCCUNGAGAGGGCCGCCCCGCCGCGCGCGUCCAAUCGUCGGCGACGGACAGCGCCGUGCUCAUCAACGCGAGCGAGGCCGCGUCCGAGUUCUCGUCCCUCGUCCACGUCGAGGACGACGACCCGGCGUCGCCCCGGCGCGCGCCCGACGACGCGCUCGGCAGCUCGGGCGAGCUCGUCGCCGACGACGACGCCCUCGACGCCGCCGUCCUCGCGGAGAUCGAGAACGUCGAGGUCGGCGACGACGACGACGACGACCUCGAGCGCCAGAUCGCCGCGGAGCUCGACGGCGUGUAGAGCGGGGGCCGUUCCGCGCCGUAACGCGACAUGUGCAC